ACAAUGUCAUAGGCGCUUUACUGUCUUAGAGUAGGUGACGAUGUCCUUUCUUCCAACACUGUUGCUCUGCUGCCUUGGUAGCUCGUUUGCACAAACAGAUGAAGGUCCUGAUAUGGAACAAUCCACACCUUCCCCCUCCACUAGCAUCACAUAUCCUGAUAUGGAACAAACCACACCCUACCUCACCACCAGAAUCACAAAUCCUGAUACGGAACAGUCCACACCCUCCCACACCACUAUCGGACCCACUGUUUCUCCUACUUCUACAUCGGAAGAAGCUUGUGAGUACACCGGCUGGCUUCGAGAUUAUGAAAGGAAUGAAAUUAUCAAAUACCACAAUAAGUUGAGAGAAGAGAUUGCAAAGGGCAAGGCAGACAAUUACAUUGGAAAGCUGAACCCAGCGAAGAAUAUGUACAUGCUGAAGUACAGUUGUAAGUUGGAGAAAAUAGUACAAGCUCAACUAAACAAAGAAUUUUUCAACAUAACCAUCCCUGGUUACGGACAGAACAUUGCCAGGUACGCCUUGAAUUAUGUUGAUUGGGAUCACCCGAUGAACAUGAUAAGAAUUGGGCUUGAAUCUUGGUCAAAUCCAGUCCGCUACUAUGGUCUCAGAAAUAGCCUCAACAAGUAUAAUGAUGCUCGUUUGUACUCCUUCGCCAACAUGAUUUAUGCGAAAGCUUUUCGAUUCGGAUGCGGCUUCACUGUGAAUCACGCCGUUGUUACAGUGUCAUGCAUCUACAAUUUAAUAGGAGCGUAUCCCAACAAUAUCUUAUACGAGACCGGAAGAAGGUGCAAGAAGCACAGAGAUUGUACAACUUACCUUGGCUCUAGAUGUGAUAAAGCUACGGGGCUCUGUAAGUACAGUGGAAGACUACCAGUUCCAGGUGGUGAAGAAAACACCGUGUGCGAAAAUAAUAGGGGAGGAACGGAUCGUUUACGAGAAAAAGCACUUGAAGCCCAUAACAAGAGGAGGGGUUUGCUUGCCAUGGGUCAAGUGCACUCCACGUCUUGUGACCCAAAAUGGAAUUUACCUACGGCAUCUUACAUGCGUACAUUGAAAUACGACUGCUAUGAGGAAUCUGAAGCAAUCAAAUACGCGAAAACAUGUUCUUUCAAAGAAUCCGAAGACAAAGAGAAUGUGUUUGUAUACCCGAUACCAAAUGUCGAUCCAGUCAUUGCUAUCGAAGCUGCGACUGAGCAUUGGUGGUCACAAGUCAAUGCUAGAUGUCCGUUUGUAAACAAUAAUACCACUUUUGUCGACGAAAUGAUGGAAGAAGCCACUGACCAAACAGCGUUUUCGAAGAUGGCAUGGGCUGAUACCGCAUUUAUCGGUUGUGCUACACAAACUUGUUUUACUUCCACUUUUGUCGUAUGUCGCUAUAGUCCAGCAGGUUUUAACACCAUCGGUGCAAAGGUGUAUAUGCCUGGACAACCGUGUAGCAAUUGUACAGGAUUUGGACAUUGCAUAAAAUCUGAAGGAAUGUGCACUUUUCCAUUUCCAUAAAAACGGCAAAUUAUGAAAUUCAGUGGAAAAAACUGCACUCCUCAGAAAUAAAAUCGAAUUUGCUAUUGUUUUUGUGUUACAAUAUCAUCAAUGCGUAAAGUGAUGAAGCAG